CAAUGAGGAGUGUGUGGGGGGGAAGGGCGCCCCCUCUGGUUUAGGGGAUGCCCCGGCAGGAGCCGCCUGUCUAUAUAAGAGCGAUGACACUGCUCUGACGCAUCUCUCCGCAGCUCCCGAGUCUGAACACUGCUCUGCCUCAUUAGCUGAUAACAAUGGCUCUCCAAGCUGUGAUGAUCACCAUGAUGAAAACUUUUGAUAGUUAUGCAAAGGGCGAUGGAGACAGCAGCACCCUGAGCAAGAGCGAGCUCAUCAACAUGGUCCAAAAAGAGUUCCCAGCUCUGUGUGAAAGUCAAAAGAAGGAUGAAAUUCUCAAAGGAAUUUUUGGACAAAUGGACAUGGACGGUGACGGCAAGGUCGAUUUCAAGGAAUUCUCCAUCUUUAUGGCCUGUGUGACCAUGGCCUUAAAAGAAAGCCUCUAAAUGCGGAGGGCAACGAGCAGGAGAGAUGAUGUGUUAUCAUUGUAAUAUCUGUCAAUAAAAUGUUUAGACUCGUUA